ACCAUCUCUCUCCCUCUCACCCGAACAAACUCACUGGAACAGUCAAACACAGAGAGCACAAGGAAAGGAAAGGAAGAGAGAACGAAGCCGCAGAAAAUGGAUGGGAAGUCGAAGCCUGGGUUGCCGCACGGUGGGAUGACCGACACGUGGGUGAAGAAGCACCGUCUGAUCUACAUUGGAGCCACCCGACACCCUUUUAUCCUCAGCAUUCGUGACGGCACCGUCGAUCUUCCAGCCUUCAAACGAUGGCUGGGGCAAGACUACAUAUUUGUUAGGGCGUUUGUGCCUUUCGUAGCGAGUGUGCUGAUAAGGGCUUAUAAGAAAGGUGAUGAGAGUAGUGGUGAUAUGGAAGUGAUAUUGAGUGGUUUGGGUUCUCUGAAUGAUGAGAUUGCAUGGUUCAAGCAAGAGGCUUCCAAAUGGGGUGUUGACCUCUCUCAAGUUGCCCCUGAAAAACCAACCCAACAUUACUGCAGAUUUCUAGAGGAAUUAAUGAGGCCAGAGGUUGAUUAUACUGUGGCCAUGGCAGCCUUUUGGGCCAUUGAAGCUGUGUACCAAGAGAGCUUUGCCCAUUGUCUGGAAGAGGGGUCCAAAGCCCCACCAGAGCUAAAAGAGGCUUGUCAGAGAUGGGGCAAUGAUGGGUUUGGUCACUACUGCUCUUCUCUCCGAAACAUAGCUGACCGUCUGUUGGAGAAGGCGGCUUCAGGCAGCGUGCCUCUGGUGAAGGUUUCAGAAGAUGUGGUGAGCAAAGCUGAAGUAACAUUCCUGCGUGUGCUUGAAUAUGAGGUUGAUUUCUGGAACAUGAGCUGUGGAACAGCUGGACACUCUGCUCCAAAACCCUAAGCGUGGAAGCAGGUAUUAAUCCUCCUGCACCAGUUCCCAGUCGAUGUCUUAACACUUACCCUCAUCAUGCAGCAGCUUCUGUUCCUGGCCGUCCAUUAUAUGGAUUUCAUGAUCAAUAUCAUACUCCAUCUCCUGCACUCUAUAGUUAUCUAUCAAGGCAUGCUCCUGCUGUCUAUAACUGAACAAUGUCACAGCGCCCUCCUGAACAUGAUGCUGUGCCUAAAACGAAGCUCAAGAAGAAAAGCAGGCCUUAUGACAUUCACAAGCUAUCUUAUAAAGUGGCGGCAAUGGAGUUAGCUGAAACAAAGGGGAUCGUAAUGGAGCUUUCAACAUUGGUAUCAAUUAUUGUACUUGUCAAGACUUGAGGCCUAGUACUGUUGAGAGGAAGAAGCAUGGAAAGUUAAUUGGCAACAAGUAUGGCACUCAUCGUCGACGUGGGUCGAAAGCUGGGGAGAAGAAGGUCAAGGCCUUGAAGGGCAUUAGUCUGUACAAGUAGAGGGGUUAGGCCUAGAGUUAGUAUAGAAGGAAUUGGUUUGUUUUAAAUUAGUUUAUUAUAUAUAUGCUUAGCUUAAGUAAAACAUAUAUGUUAUUUUGGGUUUCAGUUGAAAGAUCUAUCAAGUAAUAAUUUGAACAGUUGACGUC